CGGCCCCGCACAAAGAGGUGUUGGACUCGUUCCUGGAUCUCUUAAGAAAUAUCUUCCCCUCCAACCUGGUGACUGCAGCCUUCCGCUCAUAUACCACCUCCUACAAAACCAUUGAGAAUGGAACUGGAAUUCAAAACAGCACCAAGAUUAAGGUGCCCUACGGAGCCGAGGAGGAGGGCAUGAACAUCCUGGGCCUGGUGGUGUUUGCCAUCUUGUUUGGCGUGGCGCUGCGGAAGCUGGGUCCUGACGGGGAGCUGCUCAUCCAAUUCUUCAACUCCUUCAACGAAGCCACCAUGGUGCUGGUCUCCUGGAUCAUGUGGUACGCCCCCGUGGGCAUCAUGUUCCUGGUGGCCGGCAAGAUCAUGGAGAUGGAGGAUGUGGGCAUACUCUUUGCCAGCCUGGGCAAGUACAUCAUGUGCUGCCUGCUGGGUCACGCCAUCCACGGGCUCCUGGUGCUGCCUCUCAUCUACUUCCUGUUCACUCGCAAGAACCCCUACCGCUUCCUGUGGGGCAUCGUGACCCCGCUGGCCACCGCCUUCGGGACCUCCUCUAGCUCGGCCACCCUGCCGCUGAUGAUGAAGUGCGUGGAGGAGAAGAACGGCGUGUCCAAGCACAUCAGCCGGUUCAUCCUGCCCAUCGGCGCCACGGUCAACAUGGAUGGCGCGGCGCUCUUCCAGUGCGUGGCGGCCGUGUUCAUUGCCCAGCUCAACCAGCACCCCCUGGACCUGGUGCAGGUCAUCACCAUCCUGGUCACUGCCACAGCAUCCAGCGUCGGGGCAGCGGGCAUCCCUGCUGGUGGGGUCCUUACGCUGUCCAUCAUCCUUGAAGCCAUCAGCCUGCCUACCCAGGACCUCUCCUUGAUUCUGGCUGUGGAUUGGCUGGUGGACCGAUCGUGCACUAUCCUCAAUGUGGAAGGUGACGCCUUGGGGGCAGGGCUUCUCCAACAUUACGUGGACCGGUCAGAGUCGGGGAGCUCAGCGCCUGAGCUGAUCAAUGUGAAGAGGGAGACGUCCCUGACUCAGCUGCAGGCACCCCCUGAGGAAGGGAACCCCCUCCUCAAAUCCCAUCCAGGCCCCGCGGGGGAUGCGGGAGCCUUCGAGAAGGAAUCUGUCAUGUAAACGCUGUUGGGGCACUGUCCUUGCCCUGAUGAGAGAUCAUGUGGGAUGAAAGAUAAAUGGACAAGAUGGGGUUUGAAAGUCCCCCACCCACUCACUCCAGGAAGACAGAGGCCCCAGCCUCCACCCCUACAUCAGAGCUCAGAAGCUGCCCUGUCAGGGGUGUAUGGGAAUAUGUCUGAAUGUGUUCCCCUACACUCCUCAGUCCUGGCCCCCACGCAAGGCUAGGGACACCCACCGCCCCAUUCCAGAAGCCAAGCCCCACCAGUUCUCAGGGUACAGGUCCCGAUGUGAAAUUGUCUCUUUUUGCGGGAAGGACAAUCCAACAUUACGAUGGCCACUUUGCUUGUGAUGGUUGACGACCAUGGUGUGUAUGUGCCUGUGUGUGACUUGUAGCUCAUGCAACCACCUACUGUCUGUUGCCUUGAUACAUCCUCCCCCCUGUCCUCAGGACCCUGGAGGGGGGCUGAGGACAAAUACUGCUGUCACUCCAAAGGACACUUUUUUAGACUAUCAAAAUAAAGUGAUUCAUUCAGAAGCA